CUCCGAGCUCAGUUUCUCACGGACCAAAUUCCCUCUCCAACCUCUCGCCUGUUUCUUUUUCCCUGGGCAAGGAGAAGAAGAUGGCGCCGGGUUGGAUCUGCUUGGUCCUCUUUGCCGCUCUCUCGAAAACGUCUCUCCAGGAAAAUCUGGAGGGCUACUCCUUUGUUUUCUCCCACAAAGGCUACGUCACCUUGGAGGUGGAGCAACCUCAAGACCUUCUCCAGAACAUCACCAUCUGCCUCUGUUCUUUCUCCGACUCGCCAUCCAAACAAGCCCUCUUCUCCUAUGCCACCAAAGACCAAGACAAGGAAAUCUUGAUCUAUAAGGUUCAUAACCCAGCGGAUGGCUUUUGGUGGUACACAGUCUACAUCGGCGGUGUGCCUCAGCGCUUCCGGGUCCCCGAUUCCUACCAAGAUUGGCAGGAGAUCUGCAUCCAAUGGGCAUCAGAGUCAGGAAUCCUCUCCUUGGAGGUCAAUGGAAAAAUGUUGGCCAGGAAGGUAGUACGUCAAGGUUACUUCAUCAAACCCCACGCUUUGGUCCAGCUUGGGCGAGCCUACCAUGAGGACGUUUUCUUCCAUGGAGAGAUCCAGAAAGUGAAUAUGUGGAACUCUACUGGCAAUGUCCGCUCUACAAUGUACACGCCACCCAUGAUCGGUUGGUCCAACCUGAACUAUGAAACUCAAGGCAACGUGGCUCUGUAUUACCUUUACAGCCCAUAUAAUACCUGUCAGAUGUACUAAAUCUCCAUCUCAUAUCUUACUCCGGUCAUCUUUGGUCCUUCAGAAUCCAUCCAGCUCACCAGUGAAAACCCAGGACAUUCAGAUCACAUUUGAUCAUCACACCCAGAAUUUGGAUCUCUGCCCAUUUCCAUUGGAUCAGUUGAAUCAGUUCAGACCUUCAAGACAGGGUGAUUUUCCAAAUUUCUUGGAGGGGGUAGUGGAAACGGAAAGUAGUUUGACUUGAAGACCUCCGACCUGAUCCCUCAACCGGACCUUCUGAAUUUUGAUUUUUUUCAGAAAUUCAGCGGCUGGAGCUUUGAGUCAAAUGGCGAAAUUGAAAGUUUCCCUUGCUUUUUGGAGCCCGUUGCCCCCCACAUUUAGGGUUCAGCCAUUGUGUCACUCAUGGUGCUCUUUAAGUAGAUGUUUCAUGAUCUAUCUAGGUAACAUCAUAGUGCUAGAAGGCAGAGAGUUUGCAGAGAGGAGAAGGAGAAGGAGAAGGAGAAGGAGAAGGAGAAGGAGAAGGAGAAGGAGACGGAGACGGAGACGGAGACGGAGACGGAGACGGAGAAGGAGAAGGAGAAGGAGAAGGAGAAGGAGAAGGAGAAGGAGAAGGAGAAGGAGAAGGGGAAGGAGGAGAACCUAGUUGGGUCAUGAAAUGUCUGCAAGAGAACAAUCAAGUUCAGAGAGCACCAAGGACUCUGUCAGGGUUCUGACGUGCCCUAAUUAAAUCAUGAGCUUCGAGCCAAGCUUCAAAAGAAAUCCAGUUAUUUAUUAGGAGCUUCAUGUCGGCACCUUCCCAAGUGAAGCCAGCUCUGACCCUACAUAAUUUAUGCCCCAAUUAUGAUCCUGUUUCCCUCCCUCCCCUCAGGGUGUGUCAUCAAUCACAUUCCAACGGAGCAAUUUCCCGGGUUGUAGAGAUCACUCCCCUCGGCUGCUGUAGGUAACCCUGGGAGACAGCCUCGAGAGAGAUAAGCAUGGAAUGCGCAUCUGUCUUUGGCUGCCAUUCCGUUUCACCAGUUUCCCAUCCCCUCUGGCCUAUUGCAACUCGAGAGCAGGCCAGAGAUGCUUUGCGAGUUGACAGACUCCUUAUCUCAACUAUAAGUUACAAGUAUGGUCUUCUAUCUGAAUCUUGUCCCUUCUUCCUCACUCCCCCAUCAUCUCCUGUGUUUUUAUAGGCAUGGGCCACGUGGUUAGUACUCCUGGUAGUAAGCAUUAAAUGAGCAUAUUAUGUGCUGCAGUUAAAACCAAUAUAGACAUAGCGUUAAAAACAGCAGUAAAAUUAUAACGUACUAAUCAAUUAUAACAUCACGAUAUAAAAUAAGGCACCUCUAGAUUAAGAGGCUCGUAAUAUAUCACGCUAUCAUUAUUGAUACAUUAAUACUUUUUGGGGGGAAGUUUUUGAAACAAUAUAAUCCCUUUAGCUUUGCGCAAGAAUAAUUGUGGAUAAAUCAACCUCAAAAAAAUCAAAAGUCAGGUGAGAAAAGACAGCGAAAUCUUCAAAUAUCCAGGAACAAGACUUUUUCCCCCCAAAUGCGUAAACCAGUAGUGAAAUUCAAAUUUUUUUACUACCAGUUCUGUGGGCAUGGCUUGGUGGGCGUGGCUUGGUGGGCGUGGCAGGGAAGGAUACUGCAAAAUCUCCAUUUCCACCCCACUCCAGGAGAAGGAUAUUGCAAAAUCCCCAUUCCCUCCCCACUCCAGGGGACGGAUACUGCAAAAUCUCCAUUUCCACCCCACUCCAGGAGAAGGAUAUUGCAAAAUCCCCAUUCCCUCCCCACUCCAGGGGAAGGAUACUGCAAAAUCCCCAUUCCCUCCCUACUCCAGGGGAACGAUAUUGCAAAAUCUCCAUUCCCAGCCCACUCUGGGGCCAGCUAGAGAUGGUAUUUGCCGGUUCUCCGAACUACUCAAAACUUCCGCUACCGGUUCUCCAGAACCUGUCAGAACCUGCUGGAUUUCACCCCUGGCGUACACCAAGAGGAACAGUGCUCAAUUUACGACCGUAAUUGAGUCCCGCAAGUAGAGUUCUAAGUCGUGACGGUCGUAAAUCAGAUCAUCACAUGACCAGUCCUAAUUUUAUUAACUUUUUUGCAGCAAAUUGUUAAGCAAACAUGACGGUUAUAAUAAAGGAAACAGGAUGGUCGUUAAGUGAACUCUGUGGUUCUUAAGCCAAGCCAUUGUUCACCGUGAAGUGUUUUUUGUUUGUUUGUUUGUUUGUUUUGCAAGAAAUUGGAAGUAAAUGCUGAUUUCUAUCAAAAAACAUUGGCAGCCUUUAAUAAAUUCAUCCGUGUAUAUAACAUCUUCA